CACUGACUGGCACUGAUAGAUGGGGCACUGAUUGGCAGCACUGAUAGGUGGCACUGACUGGCAUUGAUAGUUGGCACUGACUGGCACUGAUAGGUGACACUGAAAGGCAGCUCAGAUGGGCACUGAUAUAUGGCAUUGAUGUGGCACUGAUGGGCACUGACAGCUGACAUUGAUGGACACUGACAGGUGGCACUGCUGGGGCUACACUAAUCAUCAGGGCACACUGAUCAUCAGUGCCCUGAUGAUCACUGUCAGCAUAACAGCUCGUGGGGAGAGAAAUGCCGAUAACCGACAUUUCCCUAUUUACAUGCGAUCAGCUGUGAUUGGACCAGGG